AUGAAAAGGCUACACGUGUUACUGCUACUACUGUUACUAUGGCUUUCCCUUUGUGUACAAUGCAUCAGGAAAAAUGCAGACAUAAAAAAGAAAAGUGGUUUAAUCAGAACAACCCAGAAAAAGAUAGUUAGAUUUACCCGCCUAUAUAAAAAAUCAUUCAAAUUGAAGGAAGAAGAGGUAAUCGGUCGAUACGAAGUGAAGGCUUAUUUUUUCUUUGAUGAAUCCUUCGAAAAAAGAUUCAAAUGGAACCUGUAUUACAAAUUCUGCAAAAGCAAUACCCCAAGUAUCUGUAAUUAUGUGAAGUUACGAAGACAGUUCGAAAAAUGGUAUGAUGACAAAUCAUUCUCUAUCAAAAAAUAUAUGUCUGAUGUAGCCUUAGUUUAUAAUCAAUUUUAUAGCAAAUACUCUAUAUUGCAGUUCGACAUAAAAUUGGAGGCUAAUAACAUUUUGAAAAUUAACAAGGUGCCUAACUUGUCCGACAUACUAAUGGAAUCCUUAACCAACUUGAUUAGUCGGAAGAAACUGAAACCUCCAUCGGACAUUCCUUCCUGGCGCUUGUCCUUUAAUUACAUUACAGGGACGAAGAAGCUCGUUGCCAAGAUUCCUUCGCAGGUUCCAGGGAUGAACUUUUACUUCUUCUUCGUCAUGCCAGCUUUUAGAUAUUACUACUCACGCUUGUUCUCCAGCAUCGGAGAUAUCUAUUUCAAGUACGAGUGGGGAUUUAGGAAGUACAAAGUUGGAUACUUCACCAUGGAGCAGAUGUAA